CAUUAUUGUUACUAUAACAUGGCUUGUGAAAAAACAAUGAAACCUGCACAACGAGCCAUAAGGAAGAUCAAGACUGCAAGUUUAGUAUCCAGCUUAACCAGAGGUUGGCAACAAUGGGCAACUGAACAGUCAACAAAGCAAGAACAAGAACCCUCGGGUUGGAUGCCUACAACGGAUGAUGAGAUUAUGGAGAACCACUGUUUAACAUUGAAGGUUAAAUUGAAAGCUCCAGUUGUUGUGGAACCAAGAAAAGAAGUUGGAUCACCUUCAGAAGAAUCUAAAGAAACACACAUCAAAACAAAAUCUGUGACAAAAAGUUUUGCAAGCAAAGCCCAGGAGAAAGGAAUGGAUAUUGGUUACUUAACUGAAAGAUAUGAAAAAGAUCCCAGUACGCAGAAAUAUGAUGAACUUAUGAUGGAUAAACUCCUCCAAGCCAAUACGUCUCCAACCCGCAGAAGAAAGUGCUCGAAUCUGGUGUCCCAACUCACCAAAAGCUGGAAACAGAUCGAACAUGAUGAUGAAGGAACCGAAACAUCUUCCAAGACUUUACCAAAGCUUGCCAAGUGUCGAAGUGAAAGCCUAGAAACUGAAGAUAGUGGCUAUGGAGAGAAUGAGGAAGUCAAACCAGAAAAAGAGAAGAUAGAGAUCAUAGAGGAGAAGAAGAAAGACACAGAGGAGAAGGAGGAGGACACUGCAAGAAUUAAGCGGUCAUAUAAUUCACUAAAUAACAAGACAGUUACAGGACUUAACAAGAUUAACAAAGCCUACAAGCGGUGCAGCCAAGUGAACAACAUCAAGGGGAGGUGGGAGAAGUGGUCAGACGACCACACGGAGACCCAAAAGCUGAACCCCUUCAGUGAUGAAUUUGACCACAAAUUUGCAAUGUCCCAGAGGCUGCAGAAGGGUGACCAGGGCUAUGGACGUCCUAAGGAAGGAACAAAGACAGCCGAGAGAGCCAUGAGGGCGGAAGCACACAUACAUCGGGAAAUGAGAGAUCUUUGCUUCAUCAUCUCCACCAUAGCCGAACCAGGGAGAGACGGCAAGAUGCGUGUCACCUUCGGGGAACUCUUUGACAGAUACGUGCGGAUCUCCGACAAGGUGGUGGGAAUCCUUCUGAGAGCCAGGAAACACGGGAUGGUGGAUUUCCUGGGAGAAAUGUUGUGGCAAGGAAGGGACGAUGAUGUGAUAAUAACAUUGAUAUGAUAAUGCAAUAGA